UUUUCGCAGGCUGUCACAACCGCCGCUGCCAGCCGGUCGUUAGCAUCAAGUCUGUGCCAGCUCGAAGCUAACAAGUUAGCUCGCUAGCCUGCGAGCUAACGAUACGCAGCUGUCAGCAAGCGGAGCUAAGUGGCUAUCAAGGUGCAGUGCCACCGGCUUGUACGGUGUGUGACGAUUUUUGUACAUUUGAAGCUCCCGAAAAACAAAAACGAAUGGACAAAGACGGAGCGGACUGGCUGAUAGAGAAGGCGAAGCUGUUGUUACGGUCAGGACGGAAAGACCGAGCGCUGCAGCUGCUCUAUGAAGCCCAGAAUAUGUGCCCCAGCACCCGCGCUAGAGUGCUGAUUGACGCCAUAAUCAAAAAUGGAGGCAACGCUGCUCCGGAAGCGAACCAUGUGCCCCCGCCCAGAGGCUGGAGGGAUGAGGACUGCGGAAGCGCAGAAAUAAAUCACAUGAGCGGUGAUGACAGAAAGAGCUACUCAGAAGAGCAGCGCCAGGGUGUUCUCAGGAUUAAGAAUUGCCGAGACUUCUAUGAGAUCCUUGGUGUUGCCAAGGAUUCCAGCGAUGAAGAUCUGAAGAAAGCCUACAGAAAGCUGGCCCUCAAGUUUCACCCUGACAAGAACUUUGCUCCUGGAGCCACGGAUGCUUUUAAAGCAAUAGGCAACGCGUACGCCGUGCUGAGCAAUCCGGAGAAGAAGCGGCAGUACGAUCAGUACGGUGAUCAAUCGGCAGCGGAGAGCGCACCUCAACACACCACCCACCACCGCCACUAUCGAAACUUCCACAGAGACUUUGAGGCGGACAUUUCCCCUGAGGAGCUCUUCAACAUUUUCUUCGGAGGACGUUUCCCCACAGGAAACAUUCACGUGUACACCAACCAGGGAGCCUCCUACUCUCAGUUCUACCAGCCACGUCGACGGCGAGCUUAUGAGAGGCGCAAGGAUGUGGCGGAGGAAAAGCCCAGUCAGAACACCUUCACAGCUCUGCUGCAGCUCCUCCCCGUCCUGGUGCUGAUCCUCAUCUCGGUGUUCACUCAGAUGAUGGCCACCAACCCGCCUUACAGCCUCUUCUAUAAGCCGAGCAUGGGCCUGGUGGUUUCCCGGGAAACGCAGCACAUGGGCGUGCCGUAUUACGUGGAUAAAGGUUUUGAGAAGGAGUACCGCGGCGGCGCCCUCGAAGAGCUGGAGAGGACUAUCGAGAGCGACUACAUGGAACACUUGCAGAGCAGUUGUUGGAAGGAGAAGCAGCAGAAGUCGGACUUGAUGAACCUCGGCCAGCUGUACCGAGACGACCGCCUAAAGCAGAAGGCCGAGUCCAUGAGGCUGGACAACUGCGACAAACUCCACAGACUGGUCGGACGUCAGCGAGGCAAAUGAAGGACGGUUUGUUUGUGGUGGAGCGCUGCUCCGGUAUGUUGUUAUUAUUUGUACGAUUAUUGAGGUCAAUUUAUCCACUUGGGCCAUGCUGGCAAGAAUCAUGCAGUAGAGUUGGGGGCGGGUAAAAUGUGCCUUCUCUCUUCCAGGAUGGUCAGAAAUACAAGUUUGCAUGUCAGCUGCUUUGGUGGCCACAGCACUGAGGCUCCGGCCCUUUUCAACUUUUUUAUUCUAGAAACGGUCUCUGUCGGAGGUCAUUAUGUCCCUUGUGCAUUGAUUUGAUUAUUUAUUUUGCUCAUUGUUCGGUGUACUUGACAAGUGUAUUUAAUUAAUCAACAUAUUUGCUACAGUGACUUGAAUGACCCUUUGGACAUAUCUGAGCACUGUUGCACUGUGAAGUCAUGGACUAUAUUUAUGAUUUAUUUAUUUGGUUGGUUAAAAUCAAACAGGUAGGAAGUGACUGACUUUUUUUUUUUAUAAACACCAUGCUUUAUAAACACUCUGGGGCUUCCCCUCACUGCUUCUAUAUUGGAUCUGUCAUCAUGGCUGUUUAAUAGCAACAGAUGAUUGCUGUGUGAUGACUUUCAAAGGUUGUUGAGCUCUGAAAUAAUGUACAAGAUUGUCCUUUUUUUUUUUUUAUUACUUAAAUCGAAACGGGCAUUCGAAAUGAAAAAUAUGGACAUUACGCACGAGGAUUUACGUUAGUUUCUGGUGACGUGUUCGGGUUCACCUCAAGCACUUUUGUUAUUUAACACUCCUCUAUUGUGUUCAUGUUGCAUGCAGCCUAGUUGAAAGAUUGUUUUGAUUCAUAUCUAUUUGAGCAACAUGUUUUCAGUUAAUAUUGACUGACCGCAUUGAGCAAUUCAUGGACAACCCAUUUACUACAAUCAUAAAUAGAGUAAAACACAAGUUGUCUUUUGCCACCCCCCCCCCAAAAAAAAACAAAGCCACCAGAAAAUUAAAGUAAAAUAGACUCUUUAGUGAC